AUGUGGGUUUCGAGCCAUAACAAUGCAGCAAAAAUCGUUUAUUGUGGACAGAGUAUGCCAGAGUACUGGGAGAGAGCCAUAACAAUGCAGCAAAAUGAAAUUGAUAGGGUUAAGAGCCCGCUCUACAGGGCAGGCCCCGUUGAUGAAAAGAUGUUUUAUUGGGAGGCUGUGCUUAUAGGGCCAGCAGGAUCGCCUUACGAGAACGGAGUCUACAAAAUCGGCAUGGAAUUUCCUCCAGAAUACCCGUUCAAGCCACCCAAGGUCUUCUUCAUAACCAAAAUCUUUCACCCCAAUGUAGGAGAUCGUGGACAUAUCUUCCUUCGGAUGCUGAUGACCGACUACUUAUCGCCCAUAUACACCAUCCAUAAGGUUUUCAUCAAACUUCAUGACAUGCUCACUAACCCAGAAAUAGGUGAGGGGGACUACUACGAUGAGGGCAAAGCGAAGCUGUACAAGGAAAACAAGGCGGGGUUCGAUCAGCGUGCUCGGGAAUGUACUGUGGAGCAUGCUGUAGCUUGA